CUUCGUUUCUCAUUCUGCCUCUAUUCUUCUGCAUCUCAAGCAGAACCAGCAGAUACUGUCGAAAAUAUGUCUUUAGAUGAAGAGAGCCUUGAGAUAGCCGCCAAUGGCGGCGCAAUAGACCUCUCGAAAUGGCCCAACAUCGUCGAACCGCUCUUAGAGCGACUGCAACAUAACGUCUACAAUGUAUUCCCCAUGCCCAGAUUGCCUCCUGCAGCAGCGCAACCCCCAACACUCCCCUCCGCCGCCACCAUCCUAGCACAAAACACUACUCCGCCCACCAACCCGAUGACUACAGACACAACCAUCAGCAACACUGGUGCAGACACGACCAUCGAGCCCAACCUCCAGACCCCACCGCGACCAGCCGCGACCUCCACAACUACAACCCCACUAUCCAACGAACGCAUCCCGGACUCCCAGCCCUUUUCCCAGGCCGCCGCUUCAUCCUCCUCCCCUUCCGAGAACCCAUCCACCCUCCCGGCAGCCCUUGAAAACCUCCUGACCGCCAUCUCCGCCAACAUCCGCACCCUCUUCGCCUCCAAACCGCCGCACACCGUCCAGCGUCUCGCGGAGCUCAUCCUCCGCCCCACGGCGCACUACCGCACCCUCCCUGCGUACCUCCGCGCCGUCGACCGCGUCGUCUCCGUCACCAGCCCCGCGGAUAUCUUUCCCUUCCAGACGAAGACCGGCACACAACAGCCGCUGACCCAACAGCAACAACCCAACGGCGCCACUCUCAAUGGUAGCGGCACCGCCGAACCGAGCUUCAUGUUCUCCGUCGACCACGGCUUAGGCAGCGACGAGUCGCUCGGUGGGGCACUUCUCACCCCGAUCCCGUGGCUACACAACACGGCGUCAUCGCCCGAGGGCGAAGGGGACCAAGAACCGGUCGGUGGCGUUGGCGUUGUCGGUAUAGUCGGCGGUGAGGGCGAGACGCGCGGACUUGCUGCGGCGCAGACGUCACUGGGAUCUGGGAUCAGUGCUGCUGCCGCUGGGGAAGGCGAAGGGCUCUCGACGGCCGCGGCGACGACGGGCCAGAUCCACACCGAGAAUGCGGUGAUGGGCGGAAUGGAAGCGUCGGGGGUGCUUAACGAGCCAAGUGUGGAGGACGUCCCGCAUGCGCGGGGUCCGCCUGUGGUUGGGGUGGAAGACCUGGGGUUGCAAGAUGGGAAAGGGGUGGAGAUGAACCUGGAUGGCGCAAGUGAUGCCGCCGGUAGCGGCCCACAACAGGUGCAGCAGCAGACUCAGGCGCAGAGUCAAGAGUCCUCUGCAGGUUUAUCGGGUGCGCAGCAGCAGCAGGAGCCGGUAGCUACUAGUCUGGGAGACGGUCAGACUCAGGAAGGUGGUAGUUUUCCCGAACCUGGGACGGAUGGCGAUGGUGAUAUUGCCUUGGAGGAUGCAAAGGUAGAGGAUGCCUCCGCAACGGCCGAAAAGAGUCAGCCGCAGCAGCAGGGGUAGGGAACUGUAAGGAUGAUAUUAUGCCCUAACUUAUUAGCGUCAAAAUCCAAAUCAGGCUUUGCAUUGCAUGCAUGCGUUUUCCAGAACCAACUGCGAUGAUAAGCGAUCAUUUGAAUGGGAUUUGGUAGCAGUGCACCCAGGCGGAUACUUUACUUUUCAAACAAGAGCUAAUCGAAGGUAGGCUACGCGGCCCCGAAACGGUAGCUAAACCCGGGAAACUACAUUGGUGAAGGAAUUUCGGG